UAUCAGAAAGUAAACUCAAGCGCUCCAUCUGUUGCCGGAAAUGAGCCCGAAAGGACUGCCAGGGGUCAAAAUGCACAUUUCUGAUAGUUAUGUUACUGAUUUGUUCGAUUUUGUAAUUCAGGGUGUAAAAUGCUGAUUUUGAAUAGUUAGGGGGUUUUUUUUUAAUGCUUUUUUGCCCUUUUUUUUGUUUGUUUUUAUCAAUCCAUCAUUUUAUAGUUACGUGAUUGUGACUCUUCAGGAUCACGGACAACUGAGAUCCACAUGUUUUAAGGAAAAAUAGAAGUCAAAGCCAAUAAUUCGAGUAUUCCUCACCAAUCAGCAAUCAGACUCCAAAAGCGAUUUUCACUCCGUGUAACUCAAUCACUUCUCCAUUUGUUCGUGGAGGGAAAAAAAAAUGAAAAACCCAAAAUCCCCCACAAAUCGUGAUUUAAAUUCCCGCCAUAUAAAGCCCUCUCUCUCUCUUCAUUUUGUUAAAAUACAGUACUGGAGUGGUCUCUCUCGCUUCAAUGGCGAAACCUGACGACGAAAAAUCGGACGGUCUCGAAAUCGUUUCGAUCGGAACUCUGUACAGUGGCGCCUGGGAGAAGAAGUACUGGAGCUCCUCUCGGGGCAAGGAUCGCUACCCUUAUCCGGUUGGAUACCAAGCUGUGCGAACUCAUAAUGGAAUUACAUAUAAGAUGGAAAUUCAUGAAGCUCUUAAAGGACCUUUAUUUGUGAUCACUUCUACUGAUGGACAGUCAUGUUCUGGGCAAACUCCAGAUAUUGCAUGGGAGAACCAUCAAAAGAAAGGUUACCCUCGUAUAAAGUUGUGGCGCGGAAAGAGAUUUUCGUGUAAGAUAGAUGGCGUGGAGUUUUUUGGAUUUAGAAACCCGUUUGUUCAGAGGUUACUUCGGGAAUUGGUUGCAAAUGUCGAUGGGACUGCAGAACAGAGUUUGUUGCCAUCCAGCUUUCACAAUGGAGCUUCUGGAACAAAUCAUCACACUCAAUGUACAAAUUCAAGUAACUCUGAUCUGCUGCCAUACUUGGGAAAAACAUCGAUUAUCGGGAAGAGAAGUAGAAAGGAAAAAACCACAAAUUUGAAUUUAGUUAAUGGAGCUGUCCACAAAAGACUCCGACCACAAGUAACACACAGUGCUGAGGUCUCAAAUUCCAGACAAGAGACUCUAGGAAAUCAUAACAGUGGCAAUUCCACGACUAGCUCUGCCUCAGAUGAAGAACACGGCAUUUGCAAUAAUCUUGGAGCUUUCCCAGCAUCAUUGAAAUUGGAAACUGUAGCUGAGGGAGAUAAUGUUCCCUCUUCAUCCAAAGAUGGUUUGUCUUCCGAAUCUUUUCAAAAUUCUGAUCAUCUCAAGGAGAAAGUUCUUCCCCAAGAAGAAAACAAGCUUGUUAAUUCAGAAAACUGUAUAGUCACAGGAAUAGCGAGCAACUUAUACACAUAUGAUGAACCCCUUAAUAGGUCAAAAGAUGCUGAAAUUCAAGGGUUCAGUUUAUCAAUGGCAACAGAAAACACAGUUGGAGAAGCACCAGUUCCAAAAGACACUGAUGUGGAUCUUUUUGCACCUGAUACUUUGGAUCUUCUUUGUGACAAUAUCCCUGAUUCUGCCCUGCACAAUGGUAGUCCUUACAAUGUGAAAGGUGAGUUGGUUGCUGUGCAGGUAGUAAUUUCUGAAGGGUCGCUAGCUGAGUCGCAUCCAGAAGAAGACAUUGGCACAUCAAAUGCAAGUUCUGAAAAGAGUGAUUUUGAUUCAGUUGGUGAUGAUAUAGACAAGUCAAUGAUGACAGUUCUGCUUCCACAAGCACUUCCGCUGCUCAGGACAUUCUCUAGGAAGAAAAAGGCUACCGUAAACCCUUCUGGAAUUUCACUUCAUACCAUGAAAACUCAAAAGGAACACAAUGGAACUGACCGUGUGGAUGUUGCAUCUCCUGUUGAAGAUCUGACUGAGAGGUCUCCUUUGGAAAGGCUGGAAAAGGAAAAGAUGCAUAUCUUAAGUACAGAUCAUAGUUCAGUUUUCCCAAUUACUCCUAUUGUUCCCGACAGUUUUGAGAAUGAUCACUGUGGGGAUGAUGUACCUAGUCAGCUACCUCUGUUUCCUGAAGUUUCUGAAGCUGGUCUAGCUACUUUGGGUCAACACACAUUUACUUACACUUUCGCACUGCCUGUCAGUGUUGAUGUCCCGAAGGGGUCAUCAAUUUCUCAUGUUGAGAUUAGUAAUAGCAAAAAAACCUGCUCUUAUGAUGCAGUACACAUGGCUUCGACUGAAAGGCGUGAAAAGAGUAAUAUUCUCGUAUCUGAAUCUACUUCAGGUUCCACGUCUCCCCUCAAGAAUAUUUUUGUUGAAGGCAACAAUGAUAAGUGCACAAAUACAGAUGAAAGUUCUACAUUCCUUGAAAUCUGUUCCAAGGAAAAUGAAUUCAAAAGCACACCUGAUUGUGCUGAAGAAAAAUCUCAUGCCUGUGUUGACAAAGAGUUGCUCAGACAGCAGAACCUUGUUGAAUUCAAUGAUUCUGUAUCAUCGUUGCAGAAACAGGGGACUAGUUUCUGUGAUGAUAGUGUGGAAAAUAAAGAUGGUUCAGACUUAAAGCCUCACAUGACUAAGGCACAUAAAGAUGAUCCAGAGGGUGUAGAGCUUGUCGGAUGCUAUUCCCACCCUAUGCCAGUUUCUUCUGUAUUACUGAAAACAAAUGGGAAUGCAAUCUAUAUUUGUGUUUUAUGUGGUAUUUUGCCUGACAGCAACAGAACCCUUUUCCUAUACAAGGUAUCAAUCAAGGAACAAAAUGUAGGAUGCCCUUCAUUUAUUGGUCACAUGCCAAUAGUGUUGCCUGUUUUAAGAGAUGCCUUUGGUAGAGAAAUUGCAUUAGAUGGAUCAGGCUUGCAAUUCACUCCAGAUGGGCAGUUCCUUGUUCUACUUAACAGUAUAAAAGCUCCUUACUGCAGGGAAGGGAAGGUGCAUUGUCCAUGCUCAGCAUGUACAUCAGACUCAUUUGAGCAGAAUGCAGUAAAGAUUGUGCAAGUAAAGCUUGGUUAUGUUUCGGUUUUGGUGAAGAUGAAAAAAGUUCAUAAUGUUUACUGCAUAUUAGUUUGUGAGCCUAAUUAUCUUGUUGGCGUGGGAGAUAGUGGGAAAUUGCACCUGUGGGUCAUGAACUCAACAUGGAGUGCACAGACAGAUGAAUGUGAUUUACCAACUUCUGACUGCUCAUCUCCUGGUAUCGUGGAGUUAAAAAGAGUUCCAAAUUGGGCUGCUUUUGUUGUUGGUCAUAAUGGUUUUGGGGAAUUUAGUUUAUGGGACAUCUCCAAACGGAUCCUUGUAUCGAAAUUUUCUGCUCCAAGUACUUCAGUUAUUCAAUUCCUUCCAAUCAGUUUGUUCAGAUGGCAAGGGAAAGAUUCUGUUUCCACAUACCCUAAUGGGAAAGAGCAUAUCAAUGAAAUCAUGGCUGCAACAAACAUAUCAAAGCAGGGCGAGAACAGGGCCUUUCUUCCUAUGCAGGAGGAAGAUAUGGCUAUCUGGCUUCUUAUCUCAACCGUCUCUGAUUCUGAUGUUCAACAAGGGUAUCGAUCAAGUGACUGCAAAAUAAAUCCAGUUGGAUGGUGGAGGUUAGCUCUACUGGUAAAAAACAUAGUGAUCUUGGGAAAUGCAUUGGAUCCAAGGGCUGCUGCCAUUGGUGCAUCAGCUGGUCACGGAAUCAUUGGAACAUGUGAUGGACUUGUGUACAUGUGGGAACUAUCUACAGGAACCAAGCUUGGCAAUCUGCAUUAUUUCAAAGAUGCUGGUGUCUCAUGUAUUGCAACUGAUGAUUCAAGGUCGGGCGCUUUGGCUGUAGCUUGUGGUAGCCAGUUGCUUGUUUAUUUGCACGCCCAGGGGGCCUUUUCAAAUUAACCGGGAAAUAAGCGAAAGAGUUACUCUCUCUAACAUGAUGUUCUUUUUCCUUCAUGUAUAAAUUUGCAGGCAAUGCAAUACCUAGGAGGUUAAUUUUUACGUCUUGGUGAGAAAUUUGUAAAUGUCCACCUUAUUUUUCUUCUAUGUGGUUCCAGUUAAAUAAUCCACCUAACAUCACGUUCAAUGUAAGUAGAUUAGCUUUUUACAGUGAACCAUCGUCAUCAAGGUGGUUUGCCCUAUCUCAUAGGGCUACGAAUGUACUAGAGGCUUACUGAUGCUGAUGAUGAAAUUUUUAUCAAGGAUGAAAAUUUUCUUGAAUAUAGGUCUGUCUCAAGUUUG